AUGGCUGACACCAUAGGCCUCUACAAGAUACCACAGCUCACAUAUGGGUCAUUUCCUCCAGGGGAGAGUGAUGCAGACCAGUUCCUUUCCUUUUACUACAUGGUUCCCAAUGACAGCCAUCAGUAUAUGGGGAUCAUCAGCUUAUUAAAGCAUUUUGGAUGGAAAUGGAUUGGACUUUUUGUUUUGGAAGGUGACGGUGGAGAAAAUUUCUUGCAGACUCUGGAACCAUUGCUUUCUAGGCAUGGAAUCUGUUCAUCCUUCACACAUAAAAUACCACACGUAGCCAAUAUAGAUAAGCUGAGUGAAACACUUGAUGUGCUCUUGGAUAUUUAUCUCUCUUUAACAGAUGAUAAAGUCAGUGCAUGUAUAAUCUUUGGAGAAUCUUUAACCCUUAUAUGGAUGGGAGCUGUACUAGUUCUAGGAGAUUCUGAAAAGAAGGGAAGCUCAUCAUUUAGAAAGGUGUGGAUCAUAACAACCCAGAUUGAUUUCAUAUUAGUGGCUUUCCAAAAGCUUUUAGAUCUUCAGACCUUUCAAGGUUCCAUUUCCUUCACAAUUCAUUCAAAAGAGCCUCCAGGGUUCAAUGAAUUUCUUCAGAGCAUUAAGCCUGUUAAAAUAGAAGGAGAUGGUUUUCUUAGGGACUUCUGGGAGCAAGCAUUUGACUGUACAUUCCCAAACCCCAGUUUGACAACGGAAGCCAAUGAAUCAUGUACUGGGGAUGAGGGGCUAAUGAGCCUUCCUGGACCUCACAUGAUAACAAAAUUCUACCAGCACAUCCUGGCCUUGGCAUUUGCUGUAAAAGUGAUAAAUGAGAAUCCCAACAUCUUGCCCAAUGUCACACUGGGGUUCCACAUCUAUGACAGCUAUUAUGAUGCAAGGAUUACUUAUCGUAACGCUCUGAACCUGCUCUUUAAAAUGCAUAGAUUUGCUCCGAGCUACAAAUGUGACUCGCAGAAAAACCUCAUAGCCAUAAUCGGAGGACUUAGCUCUGAUACGUCCUUCCAUAUGGCUGAUACCUUAAGCCUCUACAAGAUUCCACAGCUUGCAUAUGGCUCAUUUCCGCCAGAGGAGAAUGAUAUAGAUCACUUGCUUUCCUUUUACCACAUGGUGCCCAAUGAAGCUCAUCAGUAUAUGGCAAUUAUCAGCUUGCUUCAGCAUUUUAGAUGGACAUGGGUUGGACUCUUUGUUACGGAUGAUGAAGGAGGAGAAAAAUUCCUGCAGGCCCUGGAGCACUUGUUCUACCAGCAUGGGAUCUGUUCAGCCUUCACACAAAGAAUGGAAAAAGCAGCUCAUUCCGAUAUGUUCAUUGAACUUUAUGACAUACUUGAAAGUUAUUAUGUGGGUCUCACAAAUGACAAAGCCAAUGCAUUCAUUGUCUAUGGAGAUUCUCAGACAUUGACCUGGCUGAGAUGUGUUAUAUUUCUACGAGAUCCUGCAAAUAAGGAAAGCACAUCAUUUAGAAAGGUGUGGAUCAUGACCACACAAAUUGAUUUUGUAUUGCUGAGUUAUCAAAAGGUUUGGGGUCUUGAGCUCUUUGAAGGUGCCAUUUCCUUCACCAUUCACUCAAAAGAGCUUCUCAAGUUCAAUGAAUUUCUUCAGAUCAUAAAACCUUACUGGAACCCAGCAGAUGGUUUUCUCAAAGACUUCUGGGAGCAAGCAUUUGACUGUACAUUUCCAGAUCUGCUGAUGCAAGAUACUGAAACAUGUACAGGGAAGGAAAAGUUAGAGUGUCUUCCCGGGUUUCUGUUUGAAAUGGGCAUGACUGGCCACAGCUACAGUAUCUACAAUGCUGUCUUUGUUGUGGCUCAUUCGUUGCACUCUAUUUAUUCAUACAGAUCAAAGUACAGAGCAGGAGACGAAAGGUUUGAACUUCAAGAUCUGCAGCCUUGGCAGCUCCACUAUUUUCUGCAAGGCAUUUUAUUUAACAACUCAGAAGGAGAAGGAGUGUCCUUUAAUGAUAAAAGGGAAAUGAGAGGUGGAUUUGACAUCAGAAACAUGAUCACAUUCCCAAACAAGUCCUUCCUUCAAAUGAAAGUUGGACGAGUUGAUCCUGAUGCUCUUGAAGGAGAAGCAUUUGUCAUUCAUGAAGAUUUGCUUGUGAUUCCCCUUUCUCUGUGUAAUGACCACUGCCACCCUGGGAAUCAGAAGAAAAAGAAAGAAGGGGAAAAGUUUUGCUGCUAUGGUUGUGCUCCAUGUCCAGAAGGGGAAAUUUCAAACCAGGAUGAUAUGAAUGACUGCUUCAGAUGCCCAAAAGCUCAGUAUCCAACCAAGAACAAAACUGCCUGCAUUGAGAAAACAAUGACCUUCCUUUCUUACGAAGAACCUUUGGGGAUCACUUUAGCAUCAGUUGCCCUUUCUUUCUUCCUCCUCACAGCUUUGGUGUUAGGAAUAUUCAUUAAGUACGGAGACACUCCCAUAGUCAAAGCGAACAACCGGGACCUCACCUGCUCUCUCCUUGUCUCUCUCCUGCUCUGCUUCCUUUCUUCAUUUUUAUUUCUGGGUGAACCUAGCACAGUCUCCUGCCUCCUCCGACAACCAACUUUUGGCGUCAUCUUCUCUGUAGCCGUUUCUUGUGUGUUGGCCAAAACUAUCACUGUAGUUCUAGCUUUCUUGGCCACCAAGCCAGGGUCCAGCAUGAGAAAGUGGAUAAGAAAAAGACUGACAAAUUCCAUUGUAUUUUCCUGUUCUCUUAUUCAAACAAUUAUUUGUACUGUGUGGUUAAUGACAUGUCCACCAUUCCCUGAUUUGGACGUGCACUCUUUAACAGAAGAAAUCAUUGUGCAAUGUAAUGAAGGCUCGGUCACCAUGUUCUACUGUGUCCUGGGCUACAUGGGCCUCCUGGCCAUUGCCAGCUUCAUUGCCGCAUUUGCGGCCCGCAAGUUACCUGACAGUUUUAAUGAAGCCAAAUUCAUUACAUUCAGCAUGUUGCUCUUUUGCAGUGUUUGGCUGUCUUUUUUUCCAGCCUACCUGAGCACAAGUGGAAAAUACAUGGUGGCUGUGGAGAUCUUCUCCAUCUUGGCCUCCAGUGCUGGCUUAUUGGGCUGCAUCUUUGCCCCUAAAUGCUACAUCAUUAUUCUGAGGCCAGAACUGAACAACAGGGAACAACUUAUAAGAAAAAAGAAUUAA